GCAAGCCCCCCGCGAACAGGGCUAAGUCCAACAUAGGGUCAACGACCCCAAGAGGACAAUAAACUUGAUUAAAAAAAUAAAAAAAAAAACGCUGACCAUGGCUAGACUCCCCGACCCCAAUGCGGAAUACCCUCUUGUCUGGUACGAUAUCCCGGGCGCAGGCACGCUCAAAAUCCCAGACUGGCAAUACUUCAAUGCCCAAGGCCUUUACGUCUUUGACGGCAUCAUCGUCCUGUUCGACAAUCGCUUCACCAUGACCGACAUCGCCAUCCUUGCCAACUGCAGGCGUUUCAAGAUCCCCACGUAUAUCGUGCGCUCUAAGGCAGAUCAGCAUAUCUUAAAUAUCAUGAAGGAUAAUGGGUACGAUAGCAAUGAUGAGAGCGAGGGCAAGAAGAAGAAGCUUUACCAGGCUGCACGGCAGCAGUUCAUUCUGCAGACGCGCCAGAGCGUGAAAGAUAACCUGAAGAAUGCCAAUAUGUCUGAUCAAAGGGUUUACAUCGUUUCAAAUGCAACGAUAUGUGGUGUUGUGAAGGGAAAGCGGCCAAAGAAGAUCAUCGACGAGAUCGAGUUGUUGAGCGACUUGAUCCGAGAAGCCCAGACCAGGCGAGGACACCCUAAUGCUGAGAAUGAAUGAGUAGUCGGUGAUGAUACAGUUCUUCUUACAUUUCUUCCUUCGGGCUCUUGCUGAUACUUCUCCGUUCUCGACAUGAUCAUAUUGCUUGUGACCGAUCUUGACUGCAGACUCGCAGAUACAGUUCGUUCUACAUUUUUUCCUCUCGACUGACGUUAUUACUUCUCCGCAUGUUCUUACCGCUUUAGAAUGACUGACUUCCAUCUCACUGGAU